AUAUAUAAAGUUCUUCGCCAUUUCCCCAGCUUUCAGCCUCCUCUCCCGCAAACCCUAACCCUAAUUUGGAGCUGCGAGUGAUCAAUGGGGGCGUACAAGUAUGUGUCGGAGCUAUGGAGGAAGAAGCAAUCGGAUGUGAUGAGGUUCCUUCAACGGGUGAGGUGCUGGGAGUACCGCCAGCAUCCUUCCAUCGUUCGCGUCACGAGGCCUACUCGCCCUGACAAGGCCCGCCGACUCGGGUACAAGGCCAAGCAGGGCUAUGUGAUUUAUAGAGUUCGUGUUCGUCGUGGAGGCCGGAAGAGGCCAGUUCCCAAGGGUAUUGUUUAUGGGAAGCCGAAAAACCAAGGUAUCACCCAACUGAAGUUUCAAAGGAACAAGAGGUCUGUUGCCGAGGAGAGGGCAGGACGCAAGUUGGGUGGCCUGAAGGUCUUGAACUCAUAUUGGAUCAAUGAGGAUUCAACCUACAAAUAUUUUGAAAUUAUCCUUGUUGAUGCGGCACACAAUGCAAUUCGCAAUGACCCAAGGAUCAACUGGAUCUGCAAGGGAGUCCACAAGCACCGUGAGCUCCGUGGACUCACCUCAGCUGGCAAAAAGUACAGGGGUCUUCGAGGCAAAGGUCACCUUCAUCACAAGGCCAGGCCAUCACGCAGGGCAACAUGGAAGAGAAACCAGACCUUGUCUCUCCGCCGAUACCGCUGAGCACCUUCAACCACUUGAGUUCAUUGAAUCCGUCAAUUGUGGUCACAUUCCCAUGGAAUCUGCUAAAAUUAGAAGUUUUGAAGAACAUGAUUUUGCCUUGUUUGUUCGCAUGAUAUUUUAUGUGAAGUACUUUGAUGAUAAUACUUUCUAAAUUUCAUCAGAUGUUUGGUUUUCUGAUC